ACCGUGAAAAUAUCAUAAUUCAGAAUUAAACCUCCACCACCUAAAUAUAGUUAUCUUGAGAAACAACUUGUUUAUAGCUUUGAACUAUAUAUGUUUUGUUUUUACAUAAGAUCAGAAGGUUCUGAAGUGUCUCAACUUAGUAAGAAGUAAAGCCAUCUGCUUGAUCUUCUGAUUUUUAAGAUGUUGGAGGGAAAAGCAGUGGUGCGCGAGACCGAUAUGUCGCAGAUAAUGCAGAGCCAUGUCAUGGAGUUGGCUUACAAGGCCCUUGAUCUGCAUGAAGUUUCUGAUUGUCAGUCCAUUGCUCAUUACAUCAAGCAGAAGUUUGAUGAAGCUUAUGGGCCCGCAUGGCACUGUGUGGUCGGCAACGACUUCGGAUCUUGCAUUACGCAUUUGUGUGGAAGUUUCAUUUUCUUCCAUGUGGAGAUGAUGGAGUUUCUUAUCUUCAAGGAUGGCAAAGACAUUAAUGAAAGCAAGGAUGAGGCUAUUGGAGUACUGAAGAGAGCAAAUAUAAAUGUUUCAUAAGAUCUCACAUCACAUGUAUUACUUUUCAUUGCAAGAGAAAUUAGAUUCUAGAAAUGCUAAAUAUACAACUCUGGUUGGAAAUAAGCACUUUCUUGACAAAUC